AUGGGGAAGCGCAAAAGUUCGAGCAAACCUCAAGGCCCGAAAAAGAGAGAGGUUCUUCCCUCCAAGUUCACGUGCCUCUUCUGCAACCACGAAGACUCCGUCGCUGUAAAGCUGGAUAAGAAAGCGGGUGUUGACCUUUCGGCCGCCGUGGACGUUUAUGGAGAGUGGGUGGACGCUGCAGAUGCUGUUGCCAAGGAAGCAGGACCCGUCGGCGGAAGCAAUCACAAGACCUCGAGCGCUCGGCGCCCCCCCACGAGCCGGCCAGUAGACGAUGACGACGACGAUAGGAGAUACGGGGGUGAGGGUAUCGACAUGGAUGAUGAUGAAUACUAG